AUGAAGAUCGAAGGCCGGACCUUUAUCAUCUCAGGCGGAGCCUCCGGCCUAGGCCGCGCCACGGCCCUCGCCCUCGCCGCCCGCGGCGCCAACAUCGCCAUCCUCGACAUGAACGAGGACACCGGCGCCGCCCUGGCCGCCGAGCUAGGCGGGCCGUCCCGCGCCCGCUUCUACCAGGUCGACGUGACCGACACGGCCAGCGUCGCCGCCGCCGUGACCGCAGCGGCAGAGUGGUCCCGGUCCGCGGGCGGCGCGCCGCUGGGCGGCGUCGUGCCCGCGGCGGGCAUAGGUCUGCCGGCCCUCAUCAUGGACGGCAAGCACCGCCCCGCGCGCCUCGACGCGCUCGACCUCGUGCUCGGCGUCAACCUGCGCGGCACGCUCGACCUCGUGCGCCAGGCCCUGCCGCACAUCGCCGCCGCCUCCCCCGACGGCGGCGAGGGCCCCGACGGCGAGCGCGGCGUCGUCGUCAUGGUCGCCAGCUCGGCCGCCUUCGACGGCCAGAUGGGCCAGGUCGCCUACGCCGCCAGCAAGGGCGCCGUGGCCGCCAUGACGCUGCCCAUGGCCCGGGACCUGAGCCGCCACGGCAUCCGCGUCCUGACCAUCGCCCCCAGCCUGUUCGAGACCAACAUGACCAAGGCCAUGUCGGACAAGGUGCGCAAGAGCCUCCUCAACAGCCUCGAGUUCCCCAAGCGGCCCGGCAAGCCCGAGGAGUUUGCUGCCUUGGUCAUCCACCUGAUCGAGAACACCAUGUUGAACGGCGAGGUUAUCCGGCUGGACGGAGCGAGCCGCAUGCCGGCUAGGUUGUAG